CUCCUUAUCGACCCCAACAGCAGCUGGGGCAGCAAACCACUUUGUUGAACUGGUUAGAAAGACACGGUCGUGGAAAAAUCAUUGGAAAAGUGUAAACAGACUAGAAAACAGCGGAAUUAAACUGUUCUGAAGCAUUGUUACUUUGUCAUCUGAAUAACGGAAACCGUCGUCGCUUUUCGCCGGUACCGAGGAUAACACAAAACUUCCCAAAGAGGAAUUCUCUCAUUCAGGAUGUCGGAGUGAAACAAAGAGGUCUGAGGGUAUUCCUGUCGGAAAGGGGUUGAACUUCAUCCUUGUGGCCUUCUCUGAAUGGGAAAGAUGGAAAGGGAGUUACAAUGGUGGAAAGGACAGCUAGCAGGGGAUAUCCAUCAGUCCCUCCGCAUCAAGGAGUUGAAGCUGCCUGUGUACCGGGCCCACUCCCCUCAGAUAGGGAUGCGUCGGUACUUUGCGGACCUGCUGGCCAUACUGUCGAACCGCUACCAGCUGUGUCCUACAGCCAGACACCUGUCUGUCUACCUACUGGACCUGUUCAUGGACCACUACGAUGUAGCUGUCAAACAGCUCUACGUCAUCGCUCUGUCCUGCCUGCUCCUUGCCAGUAAGUUUGAGGAGAGGGAGGACCGCGUACCUAAGUUGGAGCAGCUCAACUCCCUGGGCUUCAUGUGUUCUCUGAACCUUGUUCUCAACAAGAGGGACCUCAUCAAGAUGGAGCUGCUGCUGUUGGAGACGUUCAGCUGGAACCUGUGUAUGCCCACCCCGGCCCACUUCAUAGACUACUACCUCCAGGCCUCGGUGCAGGAGGGAGACCUGUACAACGGCUGGCCUCUCUCCUCCCUCUCCAAGACAAAAACCUUUAUGGACAAGUACACACACUACUUCCUGGAGGUAUCACUGCAAGACCAUGCGUUCCUGAGUUUCCGGCCGUCUCAGGUGGCAGCAGCAUGCGUUGCGGCGUCUCGUAUCUGUCUGCAGAUUUCUCCUAGCUGGACCACGUCUCUACACCUACUGACUGGAUACACCUGGGACCACCUUACACACUGCAUCAAACUCAUGCUGCUUGCCCAUGACAACGAUGUGAAGGAGGCCAACAAACCCAAAUCCACCCCUCCGUUGUCUUGCUCCUCCUCUCUCCAGUCCCACCCUCCUCCCUCCCACCUCUCCCCAGUCCAGAGACCAGCUACCUCCUCCAACCCCCAGCAGCUCCUCUUCCAGCCUGGCCCAGUGGGCUUCCCUCACCUCUCCCAGCACUCCCCCUCCCUGUCCCAGCUCCACGCGCUAGCUGACUCCCAGGCUUUAGGGCCUGCUGUGGUCAACAUGUCCCAGGACACCCUCCAGAGCCACAGGAUGGGGCUGCUCACCGGGGCCGACACCAUGACCUCUACAGCAGGGGCCUUCCCCUCCUAUCCUAGCCUGACUUCGGGGCUGCAGCCUGGGGCUCGGGUGGCACCGCUGGCCUUGCAGGGUCCCAUCUCCAUGCAGGUAGCCUUGGCUGCGGAGCCGCGACACUGCCUCAGCAUGGCCUACAGCGGAGGGUACCUGGGGGGCGUGGGCCCCCACCACACCUUCACGUCAGCGGGCUGCUUCGAUAGGUGACGCCAGGAGACCGAGGAGAGGAUGAACAGCAAACCGCCCCGAGCCAGGGACAGGGAGCGCUGCAAUCCUCUUCCCUCACUUCUUCCUCCUCCUCUCCGCUCCCUGGCAGACCUCCUCUCCAUCGCCGUCAGCACCCCGUCCCCCUCCUCUGCCGCCCCCCGCCCCGCGCCCCCCACCCUCAGACAGAGACGGAGAGAAAGACGGCUAAAACACAAGCAAAGGUCAAAGGGCACCGAUGACCCCGUAGAGGUCAUCACACUGACAUGACACCUGAUGUCACUGCGAUGUCACUGACUGAUGUUGAACACUGUGUUCCGAUCACGUCACAGGAACAUGAUUCCAAGGCAGAAGCAUUAACACACUGUAUGUCCCUGGUUAAGAUGCUGUCAUCACUGUGAACCAGAGGCUAUGCAACAUGAUUCCUCCUCAGUGCCUCCUGUGUUUUGACCAGAGUGAUGUCUGUCUGUGAAUUCAGCUGAAGAUGAAGUGCUGCUGGAUCUCUCUCUGUAAUCCAAAAAUAUGAAAUCAACUGUAGACGAGAAAUAGGCCAGUAAAGUGACAUAUUGAGCUGCUGACUUGGGAACAGUGGUAUGAAGUGUUAUAAGUAGACAUACCAGUGAGUUGAAGAGGCUGUGUCACUUGCUAUGUCAGCCUUAUAUCACUCUUAUGCCAGUGAAUAAAGGGAUUAUUUCACUCAUCACUAAGUGCUCCAGGGGCAUUCUGAGAAUUCCUACCCACAAUCCUCUCUGGCUGGGGAGGGGAGGCCACAGAGUUCAUUGUUCUGUCACAGCAGAGGAAAUCCAUAGUUUUAACAUAGCUGUCAUGUUUUGGCUUUCUCUUCUUUCAUCCUUGUCACCUCUCCUUACAGCCUUGAUUUUCCCUUCCUCCCUCCUUGUCACCUCUCCUUACAGCCUUUAUUCUCCCUUCCUUCCUCCUUGUCACUUCUUCCUUUUUGCAAAGUCUUCUCGUGUGAUGGAGUUAGCCUCAUACCUGGAUCUUUGUUUCCAGGAAAGGGAUGGGGGGGGGGGAUGUUCCAACCACCAAGUCUCGUAGUUAGGGUUAAAAAGUGAAUCUUUGUUUUACACAUCCCUCCACUCAGACUUCAAGUGGAAGUGAACUGACAUGGAAUGCUCCUGGUAAAGGAGACUUGGAAACAUAGAAAUAGAAUGAUUGGCAUUCUAAUUCUAUGCUUAGAACUUUGUUGAAGUGUAGAAAAUAAAAUGCUGCUGCCUUCUAUAUGAAGUGAUGGUUCUGUGUGAGCUGAAGACUUGUUUCCAUGAACCACAGCGUAUAUCAGGGACUUGAUUUAACGGAUUACUUGAAUACGAUGCCAUUGAAACGUGCCGUAGCUUUUUAUUUAUAUUGACACAUUUAUUCGUUGUUGCUUUAUUUUGUAUUCUUUGGUUAAGUAAGUUUAGUUUUAGUUUUACCAGCGUGUAAACAGUCUAUUAACAUUGUUCAUUUGUAAUGUUUUUUUCUGUGCCCUUAACUGUAUAUUCAGGCUCAGGUUAGGCUGAGAAUAUCCAAUCAGCCGUCUCCUUAUUGCUGAGGUUACCCAAUCAGCUGUCUUCUUACUGUGUCCUAUUGAGUGUGCUUUAAGUAGAUACUAGCAUGGCACCCAGGAGGGUUUCUCACUCAUCUACCUCUCUGAGGAAGAGGAUCUGAAUUUUUAAAUAACGUGCUAAGAUAUAUAAACAAACACUAAGUUUGCGUCCUGGUAGAAUCAGUGACCUUGCAGACGAUGAAACACACAGCCCAUCUGCAGCUUGUCAUUACUAAUUGCUUCCCACAUUUCCAGCACUGCAUUUCUCAAACUUCUACUUCCUGUUGGAACGUAAACACAUCCAGAUUCCCCUUCUGGGUCUCGCUGGUUACCGUGGCGAUGUCCAAAAAAAAUCUAAAUCGGGGGCUCACUCAGAAGGAGAGUUAGUUGGAACAUUACAGAAUGUUUAGAUACCCAUAGCUGAUCUAAACAGCACAUUUCUAUCUGUUGUGUAGAGCAGGGACUAAUGGAAGCUCUAUAAAUCACAUUUCUAUCUGCAACAGUGUAAACGUCUGGUCCUUUUCUCUGUCCGUAUGCUUUUGAAUGUGUAUAUUUUACUUUGGUUGUACCUUGUCCCCAGCAGUUUUCAGACUUGAACUAUGCUGAUACUACUAAGACUGUGUUCUGGUUCUCAGAACAUGUUCUAUAUAGGUUUUUGUGUUCUGAUUCUCAAUGUUCUAGGCUUAGAUAUCAGACAUUUAUUUAAUUGAAUGCUGUAUGAAUCUUGCUUAAGCAAGUUAUCUGUCAAGCAUCUGAAAUGUGUCUAAACCUUUUUAUAGCAUGAACAUACCUUACUGUAGUCUAGAUAGUAAUUUACUAGAAAUGGAAUGAAGGGCUUAGUACAGAACUGUAUGUUGUUACUAGCAACCAAAUGUAUCUUUCUACCUGAUCUCUUCUGAACUAUGUCAAUCUACCCAGACCCACUCACUGUACGGCCGUCACUACUUUUUAUAGACAAAAGGAUUCUGCCUUUUUUUCCCGGUUAUUUUACAUUUAUUUUACAUUCCUAUUAUUUUAAGUGUAUUUUAUUUACUCCUGUUCUUCCUGUGUUUAAUAAAGAUGGAUGCAGUCGGUGUGGAGUACUGGGUCAUAUUCAUUAGGCAGGCACCAAACGGAAGAAAACGGACAAACGGGGAGGGACUAUAUGAACUUGUCCAAUAAGAAAGCUUUUGUUCUGUUGCAAAACGUUUUGCUACGGUGUGACCUAAUGAAUACGACCCUGUUUUAGAAAAAGAACUCGGUCUUCCCUCACUAAAAAGCUACUUCUCAUAGGUCUCAAGGUGCAAUAUGUUUUUUUGUUGGUAGAACUAUAGCAUUAGAAUGAUUCCUUCUAUUUCUACGGCUAGAACUCUUCUCUCACAGCCGUCACUGUCUUGUGUAUAGCCCUCGCCACUGGUUCAUCUUUUAUAACUUAAUUCUUUGACAUUAUUGUGUGAUUUGACUCAACGUUGAUCCUUGCUGCCAGAAACCGAGAGCUCUGAACACUAUGUUGCAUAUUGCAGCCUUGAUUGGUGUACUGUACGUGUUGCUAUAGCGAUACUCUGCAUUUUUCUAUGUCCACAGAAACAGAAACACACACAACCACACUACUUGUCCAAUGAAAUGACACCAGAAAUGUCCCACGUCUAUUUUUGUAAAGCUCUUUUUGUAGUCUUUGUUGAUGUGACACAGAGAAGUUUCUUUUAUCAGAUGAGCCAUUGAAAUAAACAACAAAAAUGAACUGAA